AUGGAGGUGCUAGAUGCUCUUGAUCUAUCUCACAACCAACUCUCUGGCAAGAUACCUACAAGUUUGGCAGGAAUACACACUCUUGGUUUUCUUGAUUUGUCGAACAACGAUUUGUCUGGAAAAAUUCCAACGGGUACUCAACUUCAGAGCUUCAAUGCAUCGUAUUAUGCCGGUAAUGACGGACUAUGUGGCAACCCUCUACCAAAGUGCCCCGGAGAUAUCUUGAGGCCAUCCACCACUAAUUCGAAGGGAAAUAUAUAUGAUAAAGACGACGUCUUCUCAUUUAUGCAAGAGGUUGGCAUAUCAAUGGGCUUUGGUUUUAUCUUUGGAUUUUGGGGAGUUAUUGGUUCGUUCAUAUUGAAGAAAUCAUGGAGAAUUGCAUUCUUCAACUUGUUGGAUGCUGUUGGAGAUUGGUUCUACGUAAGGAUUGUUGUCUUUGUAUCCAAAUGGAGAAGAAAUUGA